AUGCCAUCAUUUUUCACCUUUCCACGCGAGAUCCGCAACGAGAUCUACCACCACCUCUUCAUUUAUGAUCCCUACCUCAGUUGCGACUUUUACGAAGGACUACACCUCGUCACGCGCUACUCUACCCACUGUUGCGCUCUACAGCCGGUUUACGAUACGUAUGGUGUCAUUUCCAAAUCCGAACCCACAUGGCUCCUGACCAGCAAGACCUUCAUGCGUGAAGCCCUAGAGCAGUACUCGCUCCAUGCAUCCUGGAUCCACAACGAUCCAUCCUCUUAUGGGCACGCGUGCUUAUACAAGCUGCCCCUCGACAAAUCCAGGAUUAGAAGACUAGAGAUCAAUCUAGGGUUGUGGCCACAGUGGUCGUUGCCGCAGACAUCGUACAGUGAAGACUUAAGGCCGGACCUAAGACAAAAUCUGAGGGUGAUUGCGGAGGCAAGUAGAGCAGCUGGCAUCUCAUUCGAAAGUGUGAGAUUCCAGGGCUAUACCGAGGGUGAGAUGGAGGACUUGAGUGCUGCAUCGAAGGCGCAGGGCCAGGUUGCGCGCAUCUUUGAGGGCCUGCGGGCAAUGUUUGAUGGCGUGGAAGUGGACGAGUGGUUCUUGGAGGUUGCUACGCCUAAAUUCUGGAAGACCGAGGUUGUGUUUGCGCUUGUGGGGGAAGAAGUGGUAAUGGUGGUAGAUGAGAGGUGGGCGUCGGAUGAUACGGAGAUUGAGAGGGAGCACACAGAUAGGUGCACGGUGUUUGUUUAA